AUGGGCACCGCAAAAAUUCUGGUGGUUGGCAGCGUCCAAGGUGAACUCAAGAAGGCCUUUGAGAAGAUAUCUAAGCUGCAAGCGAAACAGAACUUCGCCUUGGCCAUCAUUGUCGGCGACCUCUUCAGCCCAGACGACAAAGAAAACAACUCAAAUGAACUAGAGGCACUUCUCAGCGGUCAGAUCACCGUUCCGCUGCCGACAUACUUUACGGUUGGUGACAACCCAUUCCCCGAGAAUGUCAAAGCAAAGCUCGAAUCCGAAACCGAUCUAUGUCCGAACUUCUACUACCUGGGUCGCAAGGGGAUCAUGACCACCACGGAGGGUGUCAGACUUGUCUCCCUUGGAGGCCGACUGAUCCAGGACGAAGCCUCGUUCACCGGGAAGCCCGGGAAUUGCGAUCCAGCCUACUUGGAUAACGAGGCUCGAGGCCUGCAUGGAGCUCACUCGGCCCACAUCCUCAUCACCAACGAAUGGCCUGCCAAUAUCCAGAACGGAUCCAAGAUCGGUCUGCCCGAAGGCGUCGACGGCAGUCGCGGCACGCAGUCGAUCUCGAACCUCUGCCAAGCUCUCAAGCCGUGGUAUCACUUUUCCAGCAGUCCGGCCGGUCUGUGGGAGCGCGAGCCCUUCAAGCAUAUUGCCGACUACAACUCUCUGGAGGAGCCAAGCGUUACUAGGUUCAAAAGUCUACCCAGCGUAGCGGCGUCCACCAAAGAAUGGAUGACGGCUUUCACUCUGGAUAUAUCCCGACCACCUGCGACAGUGGAACCACCGGCGGAAUCACCGUUCGUCAGAUCUUCGCCUCCACGAAAGCGACCAGCCCUAGAUGACCAGGCCGCGUACCGUCGCUACGCCGACGAAGGCUACGAGUCGCGCCAUAACAAGCGUGCGCGGAAAGGCCCGCGCAGCGAUCCGAGCGACUGCUUCAUGUGUCUCAACAAACCUGGCUCCAAGACUCACCUUGUCGUCUCCCUCGGCGAGGAAAGCAUGGUCUCCGUCUCGCGGGGGCCCUUGCCUUUGCCAAUGACAUUUCCUCGGCUGUCUUUCACGGGCCACGUCAUGAUCAUCCCAUACUACCAUGCCGCCGACGAGAUGGCGCAAGGGAAGCGAACACUGCAAGAAGUCGCGACCGAGUUCAAGGAGAUGUCCAAGUUCCGCAAAGCCCUGAGCGCCAUGGUGGGCUCAAAAAGCCACGGCGAGCUCGGUACCGUGUGCUGGGAAGUCAACCGGACGGGCAUACGGCAUCUACACUGGCAAGUCAUUGCCUGUCCUACGGAUCGCAUCAAGAAGGGCAUGGUCGAGGCGGCGUUCAAAGUCAAGGCGGAGCAGUACAGAUAUCCGGCCUUCCAGCCAUGUGACGCCGACAGCCAGCUGGCCGAACGAUCGGACUACUUCCGCGUGUGGACCUGGAUGGCAAACCCGGUGGAGUUGGCCGACCAUACCAACGGGAACGUAGCAGACGAAAAAGACCUCGGCGUGGCACAGUCCAUCUAUUUCCCCUUGCCGACCGAUCUGAAAUUCAACAUCUGGUUCGGCCGGGAAGUGAUGGCGGGUCUCCUGCAGUUGGAGAACAGAGUCAACUGGAUGGAUGCGCUGCUUCGCAAGGACGGAAGUGAGCAGGCGGCCGAGGAAGAAGAGGCCGAUGGUCUGCGCGCCGACUUUGAAGAGUUCGACUUUGCCAUGAAGUGA